AUGACCACUAACGCUGACCGAUUCCCGACCGUUACUGCCCGGCUGACCUAUGUUGCCGGACGUCUGACAAGGAAAGCCUAUGAAUUGAUCCUGCCAAAGACCCGCUACAGAGUUCCCGACUUCCUCGAUUACCCGGAAAUGCUUGCCUACCUGGAGAACGCCUUUGGAGACCCCGACCGUAUUCAGAAUGCCCAGAAUAAGCUAUACCAGCUGAAGCAAAGGAACCAGGACUUUAGCACCUUCUUCUCUGAAUUUCAACGCCUGGUCCUGGAAGGAGAGAUGCCCAAGGACGCCCUGACCCCAUUGUUGUUCCAAGACAUAUCUCGCGAACUUCAGGAUAUGCUCCUACAUAGCUCGACCCCGUCCCGGAGAUAUAGAGACUACGCCAAUCACCUGCAAGCCCUGGAUAACCGCUUCCGCCAAUACCAACAAUAA